GCCGCCGCCGCCGCCACCGCUCAGCUCCGGGCGCGUCAGGACCCGCUGCGCCAGGCGCGCCAUCCCGGGCCCGGCGUGCGUCCCCACGGGGAACGUGACCCGGCCCCUCGGCUUCCUCCCCGCCCGGAGUCCUUUCGGCACCCCGAGGGAGGCCCGCGGAGCAAGCCACGCCGGUCCUCGGCCCCAGCCCUCCCGCCUCCUCGCGCGCCAUGGACGCCCCGGAGCCCAAGUGCGACCCCGACGGCCGGAACGCCCCGGGCCACGAGCCCGCGGGCAGCCCCCAGGACGAGUUCGACUUCUCCAUCCUCUUCGACUAUGACUAUGUGAACCCUUUCGAAGAAGAACCGAAUGCACAUAAGGUCGCCAGCCCACCCUCUGGACUCGCAUACCCUGAUGAUGUCCCGGACUGUGGCCUCCAGCCAUACAGCCCCCUCGCCAGUCUCUCUGGCGAGCCCCCCGGCCGGUUCGGAGAGCCGGAUAGGCUAGGGCCCCAGAACUUUCUGAGCCCGGCCAAGCCAGCAGGGGCCUCGGGCCUGAGCCCUCGGAUCGAGAUCACUCCAUCCCACGAACUGAUCCAGGCAGGGGUGCCCCUCCGCAUGAGAGACGCUGGCCUCCUGCUGGAGCAGCCGGCCCUGGCCGGGGUGGCUGCCAGCCCGAGGUUCACGCUGCCUGUGCCCGGCUUCGAGGGCUACCGCGAGCCGCUUUGCUUGAGCCCCGCUAGCAGCGGCUCCUCUGCCAGCUUCAUUUCCGACACCUUCUCCCCCUACACCUCGCCCUGCGUCUCGCCCAACAACGGCGGCGGGCCAGAUGACCUGUGUCCUCAGUUUCAAAACAUCCCUGCUCAUUAUUCCCCCAGAACCUCGCCAAUAAUGUCACCUCGCACCAGUCUCGCCGAGGACAGCUGCCUGGGCCGCCACUCGCCCGUGCCCCGUCCGGCCUCCCGCUCCUCGUCACCUGGUGCCAAGCGGAGGCAUUCGUGCGCAGAGGCCUUGGUUGCCCCGCUGCCCGGAGCCUCACCGCAGCGCUCCCGGAGCCCCUCGCCACAGCCCUCCUCCCACGUGGCCCCCAGGGACGACGGCGCCCCGGCUGGGUACCCCCCCACAGCGGGCUCGGCCGUCCUCAUGGAUGCCCUGAACAGCCUCGCCACCGACUCGCCUUGUGGGAUCCCCCCCAAGGUGUGGAAGACCAGCCCAGACCCAUCGCCCGUGUCUGCGGCCCCAGCCAAAGCCGGCCUGCCCCGCCACAUCUACCCCGCGGUGGAGUUCUUGGGGCCAUGCGAGCAGGAGGACAGGAGAAACUCGGCUCCAGAGUCCAUCUUGCUGGUGCCGCCGACUUGGCCCAAGCAGCUGGUGCCUGCUAUUCCCAUCUGCAGCAUCCCAGUGACUGCGUCCCUCCCUCCACUUGAGUGGCCACUCUCCAAUCAGUCAGGCUCCUAUGAGCUGCGGAUCGAGGUGCAGCCCAAGCCACAUCACCGGGCCCACUAUGAGACAGAGGGCAGCCGAGGGGCUGUCAAAGCUCCAACGGGAGGCCACCCUGUGGUGCAGCUCCAUGGCUACAUGGAAAACAAGCCUUUGGGGCUUCAGAUCUUCAUUGGAACAGCUGACGAGCGGAUCCUUAAGCCCCACGCCUUCUACCAGGUGCACCGGAUCACAGGAAAGACCGUCACCACCACCAGCUACGAGAAGAUUGUGGGCAACACCAAAGUCCUGGAGAUUCCCCUGGAGCCGAAGAACAACAUGAGGGCGACGAUUGACUGUGCAGGGAUCCUGAAGCUCCGGAACGCGGACAUCGAGCUGCGAAAAGGCGAGACGGACAUCGGCAGGAAGAACACCCGGGUGCGCCUGGUGUUUCGGGUCCACAUCCCCGAGUCCAGCGGCCGCAUCGUCUCCUUGCAGACGGCAUCCAACCCCAUCGAGUGCUCCCAGCGGUCCGCCCACGAGCUGCCCAUGGUGGAAAGGCAGGACAUCGACAGCUGCCUGGUCUAUGGGGGCCAGCAGAUGAUCCUCACGGGACAGAACUUCACGGCCGAGUCCAAAGUCGUGUUCACCGAGAAGACCACAGAUGGGCAGCAGAUCUGGGAGAUGGAAGCCACCGUGGAUAAAGACAAGAGCCAGCCUAACAUGCUUUUUGUUGAGAUCCCUGAGUAUCGGAAUAAGCACAUCCGCACCUCUGUGAAGGUGAAUUUCUAUGUCAUCAAUGGGAAAAGAAAGCGAAGUCAGCCUCAGCACUUUAUCUACCUACCAGUCCCAGCCGUCAAGACAGAGCCCAGCGAUGAGUACGACCCCUCUUUGAUCUGCAGCCCCGCCCAUGGAGGCCUGGGGAGCCAGCCUUACUACCCCCAGCACCCGAUGGUGGCCGAGUCCCCAUCCUGCCUUGUGGCCACCAUGGCUCCCUGCCAGCAGUUCCGAUCAGGGCUGUCAUCCCCUGACGCCCGCUACCAGCAGCAGAACCCAGCGGCCGUUCUUUACCAGCGGAGCAAGAGCCUGAGCCCCAGCCUGCUGGGCUACCAGCAGCCAGCCCUCAUGGCUGCACCCCUGUCCCUCGCAGAUGCCCACCGCUCUGUGCUGGUGCACACCGGCUCCCAGGGCCAGAACCCAGCCCUGCUCCACCCCACUCCUGCCAACCAGCAGGCCUCACCGGUCAUCCACUACUCGCCCACCAACCAGCAGCUGCGCUGUGGGAGUCACCAGGAGUUCCAGCACAUCAUGUACUGCGAGAAUUUUGCACCUGGCACUGCCCGGCCUGGCCUCCCUCCUGUCAGUCAAGGUCAGAGGCUAAGCCCGGGUUCCUACCCCACAGUUAUUCAACAGCAGAAUGCCCCCAGCCAAAGAGCCGCCAAAAACGGACCCCCAGUCAGUGAGCAAAAGGAAGUACUACCCACGGGAGUGACAAUUAAACAGGAGCAGAACUUGGACCAGACCUACUUGGAUGACGAGCUGAUAGACACACACCUUAGCUGGAUACAAAACAUAUUAUGAAACAGAAAGACUGUGAUCUUUGAUCCAAGAAAUCAAAGUUAAAGUUAAUGAAAUUAUCCGGAAGGAAUUUUCAGGACCUCCUGCCAGAAAUCAGACGUAGAGGCCACCAUUGUAUCAGACACCCGUCUCGGCCCCUCAGAGCCUCUGCCCUCCACCUUCUGACUCCUCGUAUUCAUCUCCCUGCCGGUGACCACGCGCAACAAUGUCCGGGCACAGAGCCACCUCUCUGUAAACACCAGUGCACUCCUUCCUGUUGAACGUUAAGCCCCAGAGAGCAUCCUGGUUGGUCAUAAGGGUGACUCACCCAAAAGCAAGUGCCUGCUGACCAACGUCACACUUCGUGUGAUGGGCGCUGGGACUUGCCUGACACCUGAGUGACCGAGGCUCGGGACAGAGCGGAGGGCACUGCGAUUGAACCCACUGUCUGCGUCCAUUUCUCCAGUCCCAGAAAUGGCUCCUGCUCCUUUGUAAAGAGAGGUUCUCUCAGCAAUCAAAGAAUGAGGCCCAAGAGCUCAGCUUACUGCCCAAAGAACCCCGAAGCCCUCGUGCUAGGGCCAGGAAUGGACCAACGUUCUUAGAGAUCACCUUGUCCAGGCCAUGGCUGGGCUACAGGAAAAGCUUUAUUUUGGAAUUUUCUCCUAACAAAACAAAACUGCCUUUGCAGACAAGAUCAUCUGUUAAAAUGUCCCAGCGUUAACUUACGACAUGUGUACAUGAUAGUUUUCUUUUUAUUUUUUUUUUCUCUGCUUCAAAUUGCGGGCCAAGGAGGCUGAGGGUGGAGCCCUCGUGGCUGGCUGCUCUGACCCUUGCAGCUGCGCUAACGAGUGUCCAGGACUGAGCUGACCCAGCUGCAGAGUGUGGCCCCCUGCCGUGGCCGUCUGUGCACGGCUCCUCCUUUGUCUUCCUUGCGGCCAGAGCGCUUUUAACGUGAAAGGGGUAAGAAGAUUCUUAGGCCUGUGCAUUGAGUGUUGAGGGGCAGCAGCCAGAAGGCUAAUGGAAAAACAAAACAAAACAAAAGUGCAGGGAUUUUUCUUAAAAUCCAAGUGCUUCUGUAAGUGUUCCCACCAAGACAGAGGAAAAGGGCUGAAUUUCCUCUCACAUGUAAACUCAGAGUGAAACAGGGAAGCACGGGCCCUGGGCCCAAAGGUCCUUAGUUUUACUUGAACCCUUUAAAGCACCGCUAGGCCUCAGCAUGCUGGCUCUAACGCUGGGUCUGUAUCAAUGGCUGUGUCCAACUGCAAGCAGCUCUGCUCAGACCAGCUGUCUGUGUGAGUUUCCCCCAGGCACGCCCAGAAUCCCCUGGUUCCCCCGACUGGUGCAGCUUUUGCAAACAAAAUCUUCCACGUUUGUGGUAGUUUUCUUCUCACAGUGCUGGGUCUGCUGCACUUAGUGCACCCGCCAGGACAAGCUGGCAUUCGUGUUCAGCUAUUCAUCUCCCCAGCAGUCAACAAGGUGCAAAUCGCCUCUGUAUUUUGCGAAAGAAUGUACUUUGAGCAAUUUCUCCGUGCAGUCUGGCAGGCCCAAAGCCUAAUAAGAGAGUCAUCCCCACAGCAGCUUUUCAUAGUCCUGACUGGUCAUGGUCACUCCGAGGUAGCCCUUGCCGAGAGAGCUGGGCCGGGUGUGCCGGGUGCCCAGUGGUGUAUUAUCUUUUGGUCAGUCCCCGGCAGUUAUUUCCUCUAAGGGCAGGGGUCUUUUCCUGUCCCACCCCUGCAGAGCUGAGCAAAGUUCUCUCUCAAACACACAGAAUGCCAGUAAGACGUCGAAUGCUACCGCAGAGCAUCUACGAUGCUAAACACUUCCUCAGCAAAAAAAAAAAAAAAUUCCUUCUACCAGCAGCUUUACCUCCUCAGGACCUCUCUCUCCAGCAGUACUGGACUUCACAAGGAAGAGACGAGGGCUUGGUGAGCGAUUUGUCUCACUUGACCUGGCUAGGAGCCAUUUUUGCACAUGAGGGAAUCAGGACUUUCCUCAGUUACCUGAAUGUUUUACCCAAGUGCCUUCCUGUAUUGUAGCAAAGUCGCUCAGCAUUCUUGCCCCUGGGGUAAAAAGUGACUAAUGCUUUUUUCCAUCAGUCCUCUAACCAUGUUAGCAAAAAAGGGCUUUCUCCUCGCAGCUCUAGCUCCUAUCCAUAUAUAUGUGUGUGUGAUACACACAUAAACCCCUUUCUUUUUCUAAGACAUCUUAGCUAGAUAGUAUAGGAAGCACUUGCAUGAAACUAUACCAAACAGCAAAGGAAAGAAAAAGCACUAGUUUUGAGACAUAAACAGGCAAGAGAAUGUAUUGGGAGUGGACAGCUGUCAAGAAAGUUGCGUCAGCUACAAAGGCUGGGAGGAAAGUUGGCCAAGUCAUUGAUUAUGAAAUAUUUUCAGUAUGGGAAGAGGCAGUCAAAUCCUCAAAAGCAGAAAGGAAAGGUGUCUAAAUGGGCAAGAUGGGUGUGUUGCAUGUGUGAUAAAGGAGGCUCAGUUAAGUCAAGGUUAGUACUUGCUACAUCCACAGGAAUAUAAACAUGUAGCACUCUGACAGGUCUGCCGUGUUGCUGAAUGUAAUGUACUUCCAAAGUUUGCAAGUCUUCCUAUAUUGUAUAAAAGUACUGCUGCUUUGAUAAUAUAUAUGCAACCCAGAUUAAUUAGUAUAUAAUUAAAUUUUAUUUUCUUACCUGUAUUUUUAUGCUUUUUAUCUGCCCUCAAAAUAUUGUACCUCUAUUGGAGUUAGAAAAUAUUUAUAAAUGGUCAGAAAUCUUUUUAAGUGUCUCUUUUUACAUAUAUGUUGAUUUCUUUUCCCUUAAGAGAAAUGGUGUAUUGUUGAAAAAUUGUAUUAAUCAUUCCAGGAAACAAACCAAAAAAACACCCCCUCUGAGCCUGGCAGGCACCUAUCUAGUGGGAGAAAGCAUCUCGGGGCAAAGAAAGAGGAUGGCUUUGUGGAAGAAGAAUAUUUUUUUUCUUGCUGGACAAUAAUGCUUACUUUCUUCAGCCCUGAGUCUGGGUUUUGUCACUGAGGAGAACUGUAUUGUAAAUAAAUGAGCUCUUAGGUGAUUUUGACUUGAAACAAUAGAACCCGCCUGCACUGUGAUGGCUAGAAUUCAGAGUUCCUACUCACAGGACCCUAAAUGCAGGCUGGUGUCUCAGAGCUGCCAAGUCCUGGUAGAUGACCUCCAUACACAUUAACCAAAGGACAGCCAUGGCUUUCCAGCACCGAUGUAGCCAAGAUGAAAGAAGUUGAUUUCUUCCAAGAACUGGGACUCACUGUUCUUCUAUUUUUGGUUUACAUUCAGUAGCCAAGACAUCUGUCUGAACAAGCCAGCCUUGGCUAGGGCGGGACUGUCACACUUGGGCAGGUCAGAAGCUGAUGUGUUGUGAUUGUCACUGUGGACUGAAGGGAGGUUGAACUUGUUUAUUUUCAUGUCACAACACUCCACCUGCUCUCUGUUGUUCAGAACUGAAAGAAUGUCAAUGGUCCCCUUAACAGCCCUGUUCAUUUCACAUUUACAAGAGGCACAGGGGUAGUGGUGUUCCUGACAAGCUGGGGUGACCACUCUCAAACUCAUGUUUUGGAGGGACAGCCCACUGGGGACCCGAUACAUCUUAACCCUGGGCCCCCCAAGCUUAGGGCUUGGGCAUUAAGUCUCAUGGAAUCAAGUAGGCCAGUUGCAAAUACAGUGUUUUUCUACCUUCCAACAAAGCCCUUCACAGCUGCAUCACAUAAAACCAGGAUCACAAACACCUUCCCUUCACAUUCCUAAUGUCACCAUCUUAAUUUGGUUUGUUUAAAAACAAAUUGGUGAUUGGUGAGAAAGGUACUUCCUGAGCAACUCUCUGGAAAUGUGAUGGGGUCCUGGGAGCUGGAAAGGAGGGUUAGCACUGUCCACACAACUGUGGGCAGACACACUCCCCUGCCAGUUCGAGGUUUGGAUGCCAUGGGUACCCAUGAUGCUGUUUCCAUGACAGUGGGUGCUCCCAGCAUUCUGAUUGGCCUGUUUGGAUGUGGCUGUGGGACCACAGGGCCAGCAUCCUGACAUCUUGUCAGAGAAGCCCACUCACACCUGUUGCCUCCAUGGCCUUUGGAGGGGAGGAAAUAUUGGAUCCUAAACAGUUCUCCAAGAGAUACAAGCCACUCCAGCUGGGUGGUGCUGCAAGGCUUAGGUUUGCAAAAUCCUGACUGUUAAAGGAGUUUGAAUACAUCACAUUCCUAUGCAAAAUGUUUUUAUCUCCAGUUUAAUGUAGUUUAUUUUUGCUAUAUGUAAAGUAUUUUUAUACGGCUUGUACUAUGAUAGUUUAGCAAUAAAACAGUUGAAAGCUGCAGCUA